CAGGACAACCCCGCUGGCGCCGCCGUCCUGCCGGGGCCGGAGUUGGGGGGAUGUCCUUGGCCUUCCCUGUGGGCCGGAGGCAAAUCCCCUGCCUGUCCUUCUUGCUUCCUGCCCCAGGCCCCGAGCUGAGGACGGAGAGCCCGGAGGACAAAUCCCCCCGUGAGACCCUGGUGGGAGAGGCCGUUUUGAAGGGCUCCACGGCACAGGAAGGCAGCGGGGAGGGAAAGGGCCGGAGAUCCCCCCGCAGGAGGGGCUCCAAAGCCAUCCCAGGGUGCUCUGAGGAGGAAAGAGCCAGCCUGUGCCAGGAAGGCGGCCGGAGCUUGAGGGGGAGCUCUGACCUGGUGGUCCCUGAGCAGCCUCCCAGCAGGGAGAUGCCCUUCAGAUGCUUGGAAUGUGGGAAGAGCUUCAGGAAGAGCUCCCACCUGAUCCGGCACCAGCACAUUCACACCGGCGAAUGGCCCUACAGGUGUGGAGAAUGUGCGAAGAACUUCAGGGACAGCUCCAGCCUCCUCAGCCACCAGCGCACCCACACUGGGAAACGGCCCUACACGUGUGGGGAAUGUGGGAAGAGCUUCAGGCAGAGCUUCCACCUGAUUAGGCACAAGCACAUCCACACCGGGGAACGGCCCUACACGUGUGGGGAAUGUGGGAAGAGCUUUAGUGACAGGUCCAACCUCCUCACCCACCAGCGCAUUCACACUGGGGAGCAGCCUUACAAGUGUUCAGAAUGUGGGAAGAGGUUCAGUGACAACUCCAGCCUCCGCAAACACCAGCACAUCCACACUGGGGAACGGCCCUACACGUGUGGGGAAUGUGGGAAGAGCUUCAGCCAGAGCUCCCACCUCCACACCCACCAGCGCAUCCACACUGGGGAACGGUCCUACAAGUGCUUGGAAUGUGGGAAGAGGUUUCAGACCAGCUCACAUCUCCUCCAGCACCAGCGGUCACACACGGAUGAGAGGCCCUUCCGCUGCACCGACUGCGGGAAGGGCUUCAACCGCAACUCCACCCUUGUCACCCACCGGCGCAUCCACACCGGAGAGAGGCCCUACAAGUGUGGGGAGUGUGGGAAGAGCUUCGCCCACAGCUCUGCCCUAAUCAGUCACCAGCGCCUCCACACUGGGGAACGGCCUUACAAAUGCUUGGAAUGUGGGAAGAGCUUCACUCAGAGCUCUAAGUUGACCAAACACCAACGGACCCACCAGUAGGGGAAGCCCUGUGAGUGCCCCGACUGCCGGAAGAGCUUCGGCUGUAGGACUGACACACAAAAAAGGUUUCAAAAGGUCUUCACGAUUUUGAGUAUCUGCACUCCAACAUCAAUUUAUUCUUUUGAAUAUGUGUAAGUUUAACCUCAGUUUAGUCUGAAAGCCAAAUUCACCACUACCCCAUUCCCUGAUAACCAUGGG